CGAGACAAUCUGCCAAACUGUGUAACGGAGGGACUGGUUCGUGUGUGUUUGCUGCUGUCGUUAAAGUGUUAUGAAGAGAACUAAUACUUGUUUGACAGUACUGCUGGUGGUGUUGGUUGCAUUGGUUCUCCCUCGUUCAGCCGCCAUUGAGCUUGUCGUGGAUUACCCGCUGGGGAACUACCGUGUCGCGUCUCUUACGUGCUACGGUAAUGCGUUUCACGAUUCCCUCACGCCGGAGCAGAGACCCGCUGUAUUCUUGAGGGACGGACUUAGAAUCGACUCCGAUUCGUCAGUAGUGUCCGUCGAAGAGAUGACUGAUACCAGCAUCUCGUUUGUCUUCAAUCGGUCGCAGGAAGGCGGUUUCAGCUGCAGAACGGCUGACAACCAAAAUUCUAACGUAGUGUAUCUUGCAGCUCCUCCCUCCAUGAACUAUGAUGAUGCCAUAGAAGAUCGAUACUUUAUAAUCCAAUCUGCCAAUGUUACUGUGAACUUGUCAUGCCCCAUCCAACCUGGGGUCCUGAAAGAUAGAUAUUCAGUGACAUGGACCCGAGUUACACCCGACUUAACUGUUACGCUGAGUGCAAACACUUUCAAUAUAUCUGAGAGUGUGCCUCCGAAACAGCCAGUGGUGUUUAAAUGUCGUGUGGGAAUUGUGCAUAUGGUUGGUUCACCCCCUCGUGACCAAGACUAUGAUGGGCCAGAAGUCAGAGUACAUACAAACGUGCUGUCAAAUCUCAGUAACGUUGUGAGUCCAGCUGUACCAGUAACUGUUGGAGAUCGUGCUACGCUUCACUGCAAUGUUCUGACACAGGACACUGAUUUUGCCAUCAGCUGGGGAAUUGGCAGUGAUGAAUAUACCUGUGACAGAUCCCAUGAUGCAGACCAUACCAACAUCCAAUGCUCUGUGAAUGCCACUCACAGUGUACUCCAAAUAGAAUAUUCCACCACUUUGGGUGCAAGGAAUCACAGAGUACAGUGCAUUAUGCGGCAGAUAUUUCCUCAAGAGUUCAUUGAAGAUCCCUCCUUCCUCCCUAUGUUCAGUGCUGACAUCACGAGGGAAACAACUCUGGUUAUACUGAAUAAGCCUUUUGUUGCCACUGGAGAUCUUCGCUUGACCAUUGACUACUCUAGUGCUGACAGCAUGAGCUUCAGUAGCAUGAGAUUAUCUUGUCAGAACAACUCUGGUGCUGAGCUUCCUUCCCCAUCAGCUGUGUUCAAAUUGAAUGGAACAGAAAUCAUGAGUGAAGAGAAUGUGCAGCAUAUUUCCCGCAUACCAAACACAAACAAUAUUUCCAUCGUCGUCUUCAACCAAGAGCAAGAGGGAGUAUUAUCUUGUGAAUACGAGACAGAAAUUGUCGCAGUCGAAUUUGCUGCUUCUCCACCCGACAAAGGCUCAAAAGAGGAUCGCUAUUUCAUCCUCACAUCUGCUGACACCAUGCCGUCAACCUAUCAUGUGUUAUACAACCAGGAGCCCCAGCAAACAAUGCUAUCAACUCUGUCUGCAGACGGUGACUUCAGUUAUGUGACGGCAAUAAUUGGAGAACCAGCAAACUUUGCAUGUACUAUUGUGAGUGGUGAUACUGACUUCAAUAUCAUUUGGAAAAUUGCUGGAUUUGAAUACUUCUGUGAUCAACAUGAAGUGGAUCCCAACAUCAAAUGCAGUGUAAACAGCAACACCAGUUUGCUCCGGAUAGAAAACACCAAUUUUCUUGGGAUUGGAAAUCACAAAAUCCAAUGCAUUUUGCAACCAGAUAUUCAUCAAAACUACACAAAUGAUCCUUCCUUUAUAUCCCAGUUCAGAGAAAACAUCACAAACACUGGAACUCUGGAACUAUUGCAGAGUGACAGUACCACUGCCCUGCUAUCUGGUUCAAAUAAAGAGAGGCUUCUAAAAGAAGUGACUCUGAUGCUGUCCUUUGAUCACCCCAAUGUGAUGUCACUGAUUGGGAUAUGUUUUGAUGGCGAGGUGCCCCUGCUUAUUAUGCCAUUCAUGUCAGGCGGCAGUGUGCUGAACUAUGUCACUCAAAACAGAGAGAAUCUCCACUUCACUGAUGACUCCCUUGAGAAUGAAGUUUCCAAUGCUAGAAAGAAGUGUCUGGGCAUGUGUCACCAGAUUGCUAAAGGAAUGAGCUACCUGGCCAUGAAGAGGUUUAUCCACCGCGACCUGGCGGCAAGGAACUGCAUGAUCGAUAUGACUGGAAAUGGAGUGAUAAAGGUGGCAGACUUUGGAUUGGCAGAGGACAUAUACACCCGCAACUACUAUCGUCACAACGGGAGUGAGGGUGGGGAGAGGGUACCCAUCAGGUGGAUGGCCCCUGAGAGUAUCGACACCAACAUCUACAAUGAGACCACCGAUGUGUGGUCGUUUGGAGUGACAUGUUGGGAGGUGUUCUCAUGUGGCAGAGUUCCCUACACUGGAUUACCAGCCAUGACUCUGCUCUCUGAGCUCCAUUCUGGACACAGAUUGGAGAGACCCUCCAACGUUGCCUGCUCUGAUCAGAUUUGGAAAAUGAUAGGAUUGUGUUGGUUAACAGAUCCUCAGCAGAGGCCGGAGUUCACUGAUCUGACCAGCAAGUUAUUGAAUCUUCUGGACUCUGACUCCUCCUACCUCAGACUAUAGCGAUAGUGAUGCUACAGAAAGUGAAAAUAAUUACCAAGUGGUUGAGACAUACAUACUAUAUAUGUAGCAUGUAGCCGACACUCAGACUGACAUUGGCUAUGCUGCCCACUCACACACCUAAUUAAUGUGUUGGCCCAAUUGUUGGUCUUUUUUUAAGGCACCAAUCAUUCAUCACAUCC